GCCAGGCGCAGAGCUCUGACACUCAGAGACUGCAAAUGGCGCCUCUUCUGGAGCAUGAAAACCAGAUCUUCCUGGACCUAUUCCAUGAAGAUGGUCUCGUCAUCACUGCCCAGGGACUCGGCAUUGACAGAAUCUUACAGAACUUCUUGAAGCUCUACUGUGACCCGGGAAACCUUGUGUUAGUGUUGAAUACCAAUACAGCUGAAGAGGAAUAUCUAAUUGAGCAGCUCAGGGCAGAAGGUGCCAGUCAUUUGCCCCGAAUCAUCAACAACGAAAUAGGCAGUAAUGAGCGUUAUGAUGUGUACACACAGGGCGGUGUGUUAUUUGUUACUAGCCGUAUCCUUGUCGUGGAUUUUCUCACUGACCGGAUUCCUGCCAAUCUAGUAACUGGUAUUCUUGUGUAUAGAGCACAUAAGAUCAUUCAGUCCUGCCAGGAAGCUUUUAUACUGCGUUUAUAUCGGCAGAAGAACAAACAGGGGUUCAUUAAAGCCUUCACAGACAAUGCGGUUGCUUUCCAAACAGGAUUCUGCCAGGUGGAGCGAGUUAUGAGAAAUCUGUUCUUGAAAAAGCUCUACCUAUGGCCAAGGUUUCACGUUUCAGUAAAUUCAUUCCUGGAGAAACACAAACCUGAAGUGGUAGAGCUGCACAUCUCUAUGACUCCUGCAAUGCUUGCUAUACAAGCUUCUAUACUAGAUAUAAUGAAUGCUUGCAUAAUGGAACUGAAACGCUACAAUCCUGCCCUAGAAGUGGAAGAUCUGAGUUUAGAAAAUGCUAUUGGAAGGGCCUUUGACAAGACCAUUCGCCAUUUUCUGGAUCCACUAUGGCAUCAGCUGGGGGCCAAAACCAAGUCGUUAGUUCAGGACCUAAAAAUUCUCCGUACUCUGCUCCAGUACCUGGCCCAGUAUGACUGUGUGACAUUCCUAAAUCUGCUAGAAUCCCUGAGAGCAAGCGAAAAAGCAUUUGGGCAGAAUUCAGGUUGGCUCUUCCUUGACUCCAGCACAUCUAUGUUUGUUCAUGCUCGUGCCAGGGUCUAUAAAGCUGCUGAUUCAAAAGCCAUCAAAAAGCCAAAGACUGCAGAAUCAAAUCAGAAGCAAGAGGGGGGUGGGAUAUGUCGUCCUAAGAACGAGCUGGUUCUGGAGAGUAACCCUAAAUGGGAAGGUCUCAGUGAAGUCCUGAAAGAGAUUGAAACAGAGAACAAGAACAGUGAGGCCCUGGGAGGACCAGGCCGUGUGUUGAUCUGUGCCAGUGACGAUCGGACAUGUGCUCAGCUAAGAGAGUUCAUUGCUGUGGGGGCAGAGCCACUUUUGAUGAGGCUGUACAACAAGACCUUUGGGAAAGAUGAAAAAGCGGCUGAAGUAUGGCUAAAAAACAGAAAAGCCGACAAGAAAAAGGAAUUGGCCACAGGUGGGAAGGGCUUGCAAAGUAAAAGGGGAAAAGAUGCCACGGGCAAGCAGAAGAGAAACUGCAAGAAAACCGAAUUAACUUUAACACAAAUGAUAGGAAAAGUGGAAGAUGAUGAUAUCGCAAAAGAACAGGAAGAAGACUUGUUCAAGGAGGAAACCAUUAGCAUGGAAAGUAGCAUAGAAGAACCAAAAUUUGAAGAUCUCCAGUUGAAUUUACCUUCAGACUCUUAUUACUGCAUCUUAAAGGAACCCCUGACUGUCAUCCAUCCUUUACAAGGCUGUACUGACCCCUAUGCGCUUAUGAGGUUAUUGCAUGAAAUAGAGCCAAGAUAUGUCAUCCUGUAUGAUGCAGAGCUCAGCUUUGUUCGUCAGCUUGAAAUUUACAGAGCUAGCAAGCAGAAAACAUUAAGGGUUUAUUUCCUCAUCUAUGGGGGCUCCACAGAAGAACAGAGAUAUCUCACUUCCCUCAGGAAGGAAAAAGAAGCAUUUGAACAACUUAUCAGAGAAAAAGCCAGCAUGGUCAUCCCAGAGGAGAGGGAAGGACGAGAUGACACGAACCUGGAUCUUCAGAGAGAUAUGACUCCAGCCUCAGCUUCUACUGACACGCGUAAAGCUGGAGGCCAGCAGAAAACCUUGCAGCAAACCAUCAUUGUUGACAUGCGCGAAUUUCGGAGCGAACUGCCGUCUCUGAUUCACAGACGCGGCAUUGAUAUAGAACCCGUUACACUAGAAGUGGGGGAUUACAUUCUUACCCCAGAUAUAUGUGUAGAGAGAAAAAGUGUGAGUGACCUGAUUGGAUCUCUCAACAACGGACGUCUCUAUACACAGUGUGUUUCCAUGUGUCGUUACUACAAGCGUGCCAUUCUUUUAAUUGAAUUUGACCCUAAUAAGCCAUUUUCUCUCACAUCACGGAGUUCAAUCCACCAGGAGAUUUCUGUGAAUGACAUCACCUCAAAACUCACCCUCCUCACUCUCCACUUCCCAAGACUGCGCAUCCUUUGGUGUCCUUCGCCAUACGCCACAGCGGAGCUCUUUGAGGAGUUGAAGCAGAACCGACCACAGCCUGAUGCUGCAACUGCUAUGGGUAUAACUGCUGACUCUGAAACUAUCCCAGAAUCUGAGAAGUACAAUCCAGGCCCUCAGGACUUCCUUCUAAAAAUGCCAGGGGUCAAUGCCAAGAACUGCAGAGCCAUAAUGAAUCAUGUAAAGAACAUAGCUGAACUGACAACACUGUCUUUAGAGAAACUGACUGAAAUUCUCGGCAACUCUAACACAGCAAAACAGCUUUAUGACUUCAUUCACACGUCCUACACAGAAGCUGUUUCCCACGGGAAAGCUAAACGUUAA